CCUCUUUAAUGUGUGGGGGGGGUUCUGGCUCCUGCUGGUCCACAUUGGAGCUACACUCCUGCUGCUCCUCUUCACCAACAAUCGCUUCCAGAACGUCUGGAGAGCUCUGAGAAAACUUGUAGGGCAAAGGCCCGACACAUGGGACCAGCAACUAGAUGCUGUGAUGUUUGGUCUACAGACCGAAAAACAGUCAACCACCAAAUCUUCGCCAUUCUAUAUGAUGUUUGGCAGGGAAGCCAGAUACCCGUCCCAGAUCCCUGAGGAGUACUUGGUGGACAGCAGUGUGGAGAGUGCUGUGGAGAAUGACAGCCCGACAGAGGACAUUAUUAAUAUUAGUGAUGCCCUGCAGGCUGCUCGACACACCACUGCCACAAGCCACAUCAAAAACCAAAAGACCACAAAAUCAAAUUUCAAGGUGGGUGACAAAGUGUGGCGGUUGAAUGUGAGAAGCCAGCAGCGAAAGGGAGGAAAGUUGGAGCCUGACUUCUUGGGGCCUUUCAAAGUCAUAGCUCUACAGGACAAGAGUGCUGAUCUGGAAAGUGAGGGAGGUCGUGUUUUUCCUAAAAUCAACACCGACCACCUGAAAAUACACAUUGACGAAAAGGAAAGAAUACCACAUAAGAUCCUCAACUCCACAGGGAUAACCUCAAUCUCUGCCUCGAUCCCUGCCUCCACUCCCACCCCUGCUUCAUCCUCCACCCCUACUUCCACCCCCACCUCUGACUCCACAACCAUCCCUGCCUCCACUCCUGCUUCAACCUUGAGCUACACUGUAUCAGCUACCACUGAUAAAUGUGUGAUGGAUGCAUGGAAAGGAAAGAAUCCAUACAUUCUUCUUUCCAAAGUUGGGCCCUACAAACAGUUUUAUGCAGAUAUAGCAAGAACAGCCCCAAAUAUGCAGUUGGAGAGUGAGGUACAAGGUGUUUACAUAGGGGAUUCAUGCAGUUAUAUAUGCAGAAAACAGAUCAUAUUUGAUACUGUAUGUCAUUUCAUCUCCGGUUAUUAAUGCCUACUUGGAGCUCCUGGUCAAAGAGCACAAUGGGCGAACAAGGGAAAAGGCAAUUGCUGUCGACACGUUUGCCAUGACUGAUGUUUGGAAUAAUAAAAGCAAACUGCGUAAAGUAUGUGGAGAUUUUACAGUACAUAUAGACUCAAGUAUUUAUUUAUGCAUCUUUGAGUUAGUCCUUCCGAGCGAUGUAUAAAUAUAC